ACUACACCGGUCGACCACUUUCAGGUCUCACAUAACGCUACUCACAGAACGAGUGCAAAAUGUAUAACGGUAUCGGUCUCACAACCCCUCGAGGAAGUGGUACCAAUGGUUAUGUCGUCCGCAAUCUGUCCGCGCUUCGAGUGUACCAGUCGGCGGCAGACAGAGCCAAUGUAUGGGACAUGGCGCCGCCGAAACAUAGGGAACCUGAUGCAGAAAUUCUUGAACACGAAAGAAAGCGUAAGGUUGAGGUGAAAUGUUUGGAGUUGCAGUUGGAACUGGAGGAGCAAGACACGGAGGAGGAUGAAAUUGAAAAGCAGGUGGAUGAACUGCGCCAGAAACUGCUAGCAACUAUGAACACGAUAGCCUCGAAUGCGAAGAGCCUGAAACCAUCAGACACCCAUGGCAUUGCUGCCGCCAAAAAGGAAGAACUCAGCCGGAUGGCUCGAGCGCUGGGUACAAGGAGCGACUACACUGAGGGUGAGGCGUUCGACAGGGAGAAGCAAGAGGAGAUGAAGUUGAGUAGGAUGGCGGAAAGGGAGGAACGAGAGCGGCGGAGGGAAGAGGAGCGGGGGAAGAUGCGUGCACAGAAGGAAAAAUGGGAGGCAGAGAGGAAGGAGCGGGACCGUCUGCGGAGGAGAGAGGAAGAUAGGAGGAGGAAGGAGCGUGAAGAGGAGAUGAAACGCAGAGAGAGGAUGCCGCCUCCCCCAUUAUCUCGGGACAGGGAUCGAGAGCGCGAGUUUCGCGACAGACGAAGCAGGAGUCCACCACCUCACCGCGACCUACCAACCCGAGAUAGAGAGCGCGAUGACUAUCGACGCCGCCCCGUCUCCCGCUCGCCUUCUCCUGCACCGCGCAGCCGCCGUUUGUCCUCCCGUUCUCCUUCUCCGGCACCGCGCAGCCGUCGGUUGCCCUCCCGUUCUCCUUCGCCUCCCCACGUGCGUGCCCGUCGCCCCGCGUCCCGCUCGCUGUCUCCUCCGCCUGCGCGCGUCCGCCGCCGUUUCGAGUCUCGCUCGCCCUCACCGCCGCGCCGUCGUCGUUCGGGCUCGGUAGAGCCUCCAUCGCGCCGUGCGCGUGGAAUAUCUGGGUCACCGCCACCCAAACCGCCACGCAGCCCUGACAUGCCUCGCGAGCGAGAGCGCCCGAGGUCUCCGCUGCCUCGCGUGCUUCGCGAGCGCCGCCGUUCGCCGUCUACGCCGGCAUCGCGUUCGCCCAUCCGGGAAGACCGGGUUGAGCGAGGUGGGAUGCGCUCUCCAUCGCCUCCUCCGCGUGGAGAACGGGGUCCAAGGCAGGAGCUUGCGCGUUCUGCAUCGACUGGCUCGUCGAUGUCUGUCAGCGACUCGUCAAGCCGCAGCAGGAGCAGGAGCAGGAGCAGAGACUAAGCCUGAUCUUCGAAGAUCGCCAGUCCAUUUAUUGCUGUGCUCAUUCUUCUCACACCGUGUGCCGGUCUUUCCACUGUCUACUACUAGCUUUGGUGAAUGUAUUUUCUGUCUCCACUCUGUCGUGCAGAAAUGUCUGUUGCACAAUGCAGAACGAUGAGGCUAAUCAUGGAUACUUGACUUGAACUUUUUAUAUAUUGGAACUCUGUCAAGUCAAAAGCAG